AUGUGUCGAGGAGAGUGCAUCGUCUUUGGAUUCAACUCGAAAACGACGAAAUGUCGUACACACAAAAAGGUUUGCUCUUCUGGGAUGACUAAGGAGGACGGCUGGAGAUACUACUCUCAUCAAAGUCAUUCACUUCCCGGUUCCCUUCCAUUAGAUUGUAAGGAGCUUUAUGAAGAUGGCAGGACUACUUCUGGUGUGUAUGAUAUAUAUCCCUAUGGAAGCAUUACAAGACCUGUCAGUGUGUACUGCGAUAUGGUCACAAUGUGCGGGGGAUGGACAGCAAUUCAAAAACGAGUUACGGGAACCCUCAGUUUUGACAGGAACUGGAUGGAAUAUAAAAAUGGCUUCGGUUCACCAGAACAAGAUGUAUGGGUUGGAAAUGACUUAAUACAUCUGUUAACAAAAGAAAACUCGACCGUGUAUGUGUCCAUCAAUCUCCAGAAUGGUACAACGCUUUAUGAAAUGUACGACCGGUUUUCUGUCUCUGACGAAGCUGGAAAAUAUCAGCUCUUUCUUGCAGGACCUGCCACGGGAACCUUAGGGGACAGUAUGUUAAACACUGUUAACCCCAUUCUAUAUGAUCCGUCUGGGAUGUCCUUCACCACCCAAGACAGAGACAAUGACAGGAGGAGUUGGGAUAACUGUGCUGCUAGCUACAGAGGAGGCUGGUGGUUCAAUGACUGUUUCAACGCCUUCCUUAACGGUCCCUGGUACCCGGAGUCCUGGACCUGGCCAUGGUAUCCCAUAUUAACGAGUGGGACAUCGGUGAGGGGGACCACCAUGAUGGUCAGACGUCACUAG